AUCCGCUGAGGCCAGCAAAAAUGGAAGAAAAUCUAUGUUAUCAACCGAAUUCUAAUAAUUAUUCAAAAAAAACAAUUAAAAAAAUGCUUCUGUGAAGACUAUCGGGUGACCAAGCGCUAAUUGUGGAACUAUGUUUACUAAUGAAUUUUCAUAAGACUACAAUGAAAGAAAAAUAUUUGAACGUGACCACCUUGUUUUACAAAUUUGUCACCCUCUAGAAGAUAACAGCGAGAGGGCACAAUUUUUUUCGCGUCCUUUCUUGCCCAGAAAGUGUGUUUUCCCGUUAAACACGUUACGCUUGCCAGGACUUCUGCGGUAACGUCAAGAUUGACAAUUCCUCACCAAAUUGCAACGCAUUUCCAAACCACUUCCUACCGAAAGCACAACAAAAUGUUAUACGUCUGGUAAUUCACUGUGAGCACUUCUCUGAGAAUUUGUAUCGUAAGGAGAUCGGUGAAUACAGACGGAAGGGAAACAACAUUGAAGAAAGAAUGGUACAAAAACUGCUUCUGUACUUUUGUGCGGUUUUACACACUUUCACCUGUGCCAACGGAUCAAACGUAACAGCAGCAUAUUCAUCACGUUAUUCUUUUGAGGAUAGGGCUUUAUAUUUUCCAAAGAAAGGAGUCAGUGAUUUUAUCAGCGUAACGGGAAUGCCAAGUUUGACGAAAUUCACCGUGUGUUUCUCGAUGAAGUCCAGCGAUUCACAAGGAACUCCUCUCAGCUAUGCUGUGCCACAAGAGUACAAUGAGCUGGUCAUUGACUACGACAGAAAUGGGUUCCUGCUGACAAUUAGAGCAUUUUCCAGAAGAAUAUCUGUAUCCGCCAACGAUGGCCUCUGGCACCACAUCUGUGUUUCCUGGCAAGGAAAUUCAGGAUCAUGGAAAUUCUACAUCGAUGGGAAUAUGACGGAUCAGGGUACAAAUCUCGGGAAAGGCCACGUGAUAACACCUGGUGGCAUCUUCAUGCUGGGUCAAGAACAAGAUUCACUUGGGGGCGGGUUCUCGCGCUCCCAGUCUUUUCAAGGGAUGCUUUCAAACUUUAACAUAUGGAAUGUAACACUUUCUUCUGAACACGUGAGAAAGAUGUCGCAAAAGUGUAUAAUAGAUGAAGCUUCAAAUGACAGAGUGUUUCAGUGGCAGGAUUUCGUUGAUGGAUCUCGUAAAGGAGAAGUAAGGCUGGUGAAAGCUUCUCCUUGUAAGACGAUAGAGUCAAUCUGGAGUGCUUGGUCGAAAUGUAGCAAGACUUGUGGUGAAGGAACUCAGACACGCACACGUGAGUGCAGGUACCAAAACUGCGCUGAAAUGAGGGUGUGCCAACCUAUUAAACCGUGUUCAGUGCCUGGCAGUAAGAUCCAAGUUAAUGGCAUCAGUUCCUCAUCUCUCCUUGUCAAUUGGACUACUAAAUGGCAGAGGCUCUGGCCUAGCGAACUAAGGAAGAUUCAAAUAAUAUACAACACCUCAGAGAAUGAAACAGCUCAAAAUAUCACGGUGAAUCCAUUGACCAAAUUUGUGGAACUACGAGGUCUUUUGCCUUUUACGAAAUACUGUGUUAGAGUUCAAAUUGUAACUCACGAAGGGGCGGGAAAGCCAUCAACUUGUGCUCUUGGGAAAACGCAACAGAGUGUCCCCCGCAGCCAUCCAACAGGUCUUGCAGCAAUCAAUUUCUUCAGUCCAUCCAGACUCUACGCGACAUGGAAAUCAUUACCUGCAGCUUAUUGGCAGGGGAUCCCAACAGGGUAUUCUUUAAGGUUUCAAGUAAAACAUACUAUCCAUGAAGGAAACGAAACAUGGACUGGGGAAUUCCUCGUUCUGCCAUAUUCAACAAAGGCAUUACUUAAAGGACUUCAAACAUAUGCAACUUACAGCCUAAAGAUUGCAGCUGUCACCGAAAUAGGCCCAGGCCCGUACAGCGAAGAAAUUCUUAUAGAAACGUGCCGAUGUCCCAAAAAGAUAUAUGUGAACUGGGUAAAACUUCCACAGCUUUGUGUUACGCAACACUCACAAAACCAGAAAGUUCCCGGUGGAGUUUUUCCUGAAUUGGUUUAUGAAAUGAUACAUCAUGUUUGCGGCACAUGUCAUCAAUAUGAAAGAACAGAAAUAAUUUUUAAUGAAGUGAACGGCAAUUUUGAAGAUAUGACCAGUGCACCCGAUGAACUUAUGCAUCUGAAUAUGCCUAUCAAGAUAUUGCCCCAAGAACCAACCUCUGGGGAGGGGUGGAAACUUUUACCUCUGGUGGAGGUACCAGGGUUUGUACUCGUGAUGAGGAAGCCCAGUACAGACACGUAUGCAGUUUUUCUUAAGUCUUCUGUCCUAGGUUGCUGGCCUGCUUUUGCCGUGAUGUUUGCCAUGUAUCUCACUUUUGGGUUGGCAACCUGGACUGUGGAGAUGCACGCGAAUCCUAAACAUUUUCCGCUGCGUUUUUCGCGAGGCUGGAGGGAAGGAGUUUGGUGGUCUUUUGUUUCCAUGACAACUGUCGGGUAUGGUGAUCGUCAUCCAGUAUCAGUGCUUGGAAGGCUCAUAAGCAUUGUCACUUUUCUUGUGGGUGUCGUCAUCAGCGCUUUAUUUGUAUCAGCUCUAUCGUCACUGCUGACGGUUUUCACAAUAAAUACGUUAACCAAUCCUGAGCAGGGAAAAGCGAUCGGCGUGAUCAAUGGUUCCCUUGAACAUCGUUAUGCUCUGCGAAUCAAUGGAAGCAAAGGCACGCAUUACUACACAAGGAAUACUUUGGUACCUGAUCUUAAAUCAAAAGCGUUGGAUGGUGCCUUAAUGGACUUCAUGUUCGUGAACUCUUUUAUGAAGGACUUGGACGAUCCUGACUUUAGAGUUUAUAAAAUUGUUCCAAACAGGUUUUAUUAUGGAAUAAAAUUAAUUGGAGAAGCAAGGCACUAUCUCGGAGCGUUCAAGGAAUAUUUGAAAAUGAUGCCUAUUGAGAAUAGAUUAAGGAAGCCAAAAGUAGACCAGGAACCUUUAGAUCAUUCUACAGAAGCCACACCGACCAUGGAAGCAAUAAAAUUUUCUGACCCAAGGAGUUUUCUUUACAAGAAAACUUUAGAAGUGGUUAGUUUUGGUCUGAUCACAGUGGCUACAGGUGGCCUCGCCUACCACGCAAUGCAGAUAUGGCUGAAAAGGAACGUAAAGCAUGCUAAUAAUAAAAAAGAUGGUCAACUGAAAGCUCCUUCUAGUGAUCCUCAGCUCAAACCAGACGAGAUCAGGGCACAAAUGAGCCAGCUUUUGGAUGAAUUUUACGAUCGAUUUCAGAAGGCAUAUCUCGCUCUUAAACUUAAGCACAGAAAAGAACUGUUAAAAUUUCGACAGAGAAGAACUUGUUCUGCGCGAGCUGCACGAAAUAGCUCUACAAAGUACAUCUUAGCACAACAGGUGUGAGAUUGAAAGAAAAAAAGAGCGACAGCAUUUGCAAACAAUCAUACCUUCCCGUACAAAUACCCUUAAAAGGCAGAUUGUGUGCGCGGCAGUGAAGGUACCGAUAAACAGCCUGCAAGUGAAAAAGAUAUCCCUUUUUUUUAGGCGUGAAAUAGGAUUUUUAUUUUGUAUAUUUAUUUAUUUAUAAUUUUUUCUAAUGAUGGCAGGGUCACGUGCAAAUAUCGAUUACGCUUUAUCUCAAGGUGUCCCUGAAGUGCUCCUUAGGUGCCCCUGAUACAGAAAGGUAAUUGCUUUUGUUCUUACUCGAUAAAGACUUACCCCUUUGUUCAUGAAAAUAAAUUUAGCCUAAUUUCUCUGA